AUGUCCUUCUUCACUCGAAUCCACGCGUCCAUAUUUGGCUGCUCGAGUGCAGAAGCAAAAGUUGGUAUUAUCGGGAUUAGCGGCGUCGGCAAAAAUACUCUGCUGCGUCGUGUCGCUGAAGGCGAGAUUCAGACGAUUUUUCACUCGAACAAGUUUUUAAAGUACAAAAAGGGGCAGAAUUAUCACCUCCGAAUGAACUUUAUUAUGAGUUAUGUUGGAUAUGACGAGCCUCCACUGGUCAAACGCUGGUAUGCGGAGCAGUUCUGCGAUUCAGAUGGAAUGAUUUUUGUAGUGGACGAUGACCUCGUUAGUAGAUCAGAGCAAGCGGAGUGGCUGCAGGCCUAUGCGAAAGGGUUCAUACCAUCACACUCGAAAGGAAAUGUCGAAGAGAUUAAGGUCAAGGAGGGAGUACCGUGGUUGAUUUUGGGGAAUAAGAAGAAGGUUGAUAGCACGAUGACUGUAGAUGAAAUCGAACGAACGAUGGGGCUCGGCGAGCUAGAGAUUGAUUUGCAUAUUGAGGUAGUGAACAUGACACAUUCUACCGAGGAGAUUGCCAAUGCCAUGAAGUGGCUGCGAAAGAGAAUAGACACGCCGCUAGACCAGAGACUGCAGAUGACACAAGUGAAAUGAUAACCAAUCCUCUGUCGAAAUUGAAGUUAUGACGUGUCACAUUGGGUUACACAUUGAUCGCACUGUUUCACUGUUUCAUUAUUAUCCACACCGUGAGCCAAUGUAAAUAGCGUGGGUAUUUGCAGUUCUGAUACAAUUCAUUGGUGCUCGGAACAAGCUGCCAUAUGGCUUAAAUGACUUGUUCUAUACAAUCAACAAAGACUUUUCAGAUUUCUUUGAAUUUUUCACGGUGGAGUUUUUCGUUUUGGUAAUAUUGACGUCGUACUUGACACUGGUGCGAGUCAAUUAACCUAGAGGGCGAGUUGGCCGGGUGCGGGCCGAGCUCUGAGCUUAUAACGACGCGCGUCACUCCAGGUUGUC